AUGGAAAAUAUUAUCACAAUUUUUGAUCUCAAAACUUUAGAGUUAAAACAAUUAUUGGAAAUAAGGGGUCUGGAUAAAACCGGAAUCAAAUUGACACUUUUGAAUCGCCUUAAGGAAGCAAUGGAAAAGGAGGGUAAGUUUCCAGAGCAAUAUGACUGCAGAAUAGAAUUAAACGUGGAGGAAAAGGAAACUACGCCUGCCACAGAAGAGGUGGAAACAGUUGUGAAAGAAGUUUUGUCAGCUGAAACACACACCAAGAUGGAGAUGAAUGAUCAACUUAUCAUGUUAUUGGAUUAUAUGAAAGGGAUGAAAGAAGAACAAAGAAGAAUGGGAACAAAAAUAGAAGAAGAACAAAGAAGAAUGGGAACAAAAAUAGAAGAAGAACAAAGAAGAAUGGGAACAAAAAUAGAAGAAGAACAAAAAAGAAUGGGAACAAAAAUAGAAGAAAUGGGAACAAAAAUAGAAAAGAAAAAAAAAACAAGAUAG